UUGCAAGUAAUUAAUUUUAACUAGUCUUGUGAACAUUGGAUCACUUUCAUAAACUGAUUUCCAUAUUUGCAAAUAGUAUUAACUGGUUUUGUGCCAUGGCAGUUGAAUUUGUUGGUAGUGCUCUUCUUUCAGCAUCUCUUCAGGUUGCAUUUGACAGGCUAGCUUCUGCUGAAGUUGUGGAAUACUUUCAAGGAAGAAAAUUCAAUGAUAAGCUACUGAAGAAACUCAACAUCACGCUUCUCUCCAUCAACGCUGUGAUUGACGAUGCAGAAAAAAAGCAGAUCAGAAAUCAACACAUGAAAGCAUGGCUCGAUUCUGUCAAAGAUGCUGUUUUUGAGGCAGAAGAUCUGUUAGAUGAAAUUGACAUUCAAGUUUCUCAAUUGAAACUCGAAGCUGAAUCUCAAUCCAGUCCUAACAAGGUAUGGAACUUCUUCAAUGCUUCUACAAAUUCAUUUGGCAAAGAAAUUGAAUCAAAGAUGCAAGAAGUACUUGAAAAUUUAGAAUAUCUUUCUAGCAAAAAGGAUAUACUAGGUUUGAAAGAAGCUAGUAUUAGUAGUGGUUUUGGUGUUGGAUUUGGUAGUCAAGUGUCACGAAAAUUGCCGACAACUUCUUUGCUUGGUGAAACUGUUUUAUAUGGUAGAGAUGUUGAUAAAGAAAUUAUAUUUAAUUGGUUGAAAUCUCGAAAUGACAAUGAAAAGCACUUCUCCGUAGUUUCAAUUGUCGGUAUGGGUGGGAUGGGUAAGACCUUGCUUGCUCAACACUUAUAUAAUGAUUCGAAGAUGGAGGAUGAAUUUGAUGUCAAAGCAUGGGUCUGUAUUUCAGACGACUUCGAUGUUUUCAAGAUAACUAGAGCUAUUCUUGAGGGUAUCAAUGGAUCAAUUGAUGAUAGUAGAGAUCUAAAUAUGGUUCAAGAAAGGUUGAAAGAAAAAUUGACAGGAAAACGAUUUCUUCUUGUUUUGGAUGAUAUCUGGAAUGAAAAACGUGAUCAAUGGGAAGCUUUGGAAACUGCUUUUAAUUGCGGAGCUCGAGGAAGCAAAAUUGUCGUCACUACAAGGAAUUUGAAAGUUGCGUCAACCACAAGGUCAACUAGAAUUCAUCAUCUGGAACAAUUACGAGAAGAACAUUGCUUGCAAUUGUUUUCAAGACAUGCAUUCCAAGAUGAAAAUCCUCAAUCGAAUCCCGAGUUGAUGGAGAUUGUUAAAAAUAUAAUUGGAAAAUGUAAAGGAUUGCCUCUAUCCUUGAAAACAAUUGGAAGUCUCUUAUACACAAAAUCGUCUUUGGUGGAAUGGAAAAAUAUUUUGUCAAGUGAGAUAUGGGACUUACCUGAAGAGGUUAGCAAUAUUGUCCCGGCUUUAAGACUCAGCUAUGACCACCUUCCUUCUCAUUUGAAGAGAUGUUUUGCUUCUUGUUCUCUGUUCCCAAAAGAUUAUGUGUUUGAAAAGGAACAAUUAAUCUUAAUAUGGAUGGCUGAAAAUUUUCUACAAUGUCCUCAACCUCAACAGAGUAAGAGUAUGUUAGAAGUUGGUGAACAAUACUUUGAUGAUCUGCUAUCGAGGUCAUUUUUUCAACAAUCAACCGAAGACAAAAUGUGUUUUGUCAUGCAUGAUCUUCUCAAUGAUAUGGCAAAAUAUGUAUGUGGGGAUUUUUGUUUCAGGUUGGAAGUUGACGAAGCACAAAAUGUAUCAAAAGUUACUCGUCAGUUUUCGUUUUUGAGAUAUAGAUAUGAAUCUUCCAAAAGGUUUGAGGCCGUAUGUCAAGCUGAAAGAUUGCGUACAUUUCUACCAUUUACCAGGAACCACAAAGUACCAUCUUUUCUUAAUGAAUUCUGGAUGUCUGGCCCUUUGCUGCAUGACUUGCUCCCCAAGUUUAAGCGUUUACGCAUUUUAUCAUUGUCUGGUUAUUACAAUAUGAUUGAGGUUCCCAACACUGUAGGAAAUCUUAAACAUCUUCGUUACCUUGACCUUUCUGUUACCAACAUAAAAAAGCUACCUGAUUCAAUAUGUUUUCUCUUUAACCUGCAAAUACUGAAGUUGAAGAAUUGCCGAUUUUUGAAGGAGCUGCCUUUGAAUUUUCAUAAACUCACUAAUUUGUGUUAUCUUGAUUUUAGUGGAACCGGUGUGAGGAAUAUGCCAAUUCAUUUUGGAAAAUUGAAGAACCUUCAAGUGUUGAAUUCAUUCUGUGUAGGAAAAAGUAGCGACUGUGACACCAAUAUUCAACAGUUAGGUGAACUCAAUCUUCACGGAUCACUAUCAAUUUCAGAGUUGCAGAAUGCUGUUAAUCCCUUUGAUGCAUCGGCAUCAAACUUGAAAGAUAAAAUCCACCUUGUGAAGCUAGAGUUAGAAUGGAAUGCAAACAACGAAAACUCACAGCAAGUAAGAGAAGUGCUCGAGAACCUACAACCUUCAAAACACUUGAAGGAGUUGUCAAUCAGGAGUUAUGGUGGAACAAGAUUUCCAGAUUGGUUUGGAGAUAAUUCACUGUCUAAUCUAGUGUCCUUGAAGUUGAGUAACUGUGAAAAAUGUCUCGUGUUGCCUCCACUUGGAAUUUUACCUUCUCUCAAGAAACUAUGCAUUAUAGGGCUCUAUGGUUUGGUGGUUAUUGGCACCGAGUUUUAUGGAAGUAACUCUUCAACUGUUCCAUUUCCAUCUUUGGAAACUUUGCAAUUUGAGGAUAUGCCGGAAUGGGAAGAAUGGGAAUGCAAAACCGCGGAAAAUGCUUUUCCAUAUCUUCGAAACCUUUCUAUAAAAUAUUGUCCAAAUCUAAGAGACUAUUUGCCAGAGAAACUUCUUAGUUUAACGAUGCUAGAAAUUUCUCAUUGUCAACAGCUUGUUGCGUCUGUUCCUAGGACGCCAUUCAUUCAUGAAUUACAUCUAAAUGAUUGUGGAAAUCUGCAAUUUGAUUAUCACCCAUCUACUUUGAAAAUUCUCAAGAUUGGUGGAUCCUGCAUGGAAGCAUCACUACUUGACAGGAUUGAGGCUAUCAUAUCCAAUAUUUCUCUUGAAAGAAUGAAAAUUGUUGGUUGCCCGAAUAUGAAUAUUCCGAUAUAUUGUUGCUACAAUUUCCUUGUAGGAUUGUUCAUCUGGAGUAGUUGCGACUCUCUAACUACAUUUCCUCUUGAUUUGUUCCCAAAACUCAAGGAGCUUCAAUUUAGAGACUGUAAUAAUCUUGAGAUGAUUUCACAAGAGAAAACUCACAAUCUCAAACUUUUGCAAAUUUCCAAUUGUCCUAAAUUUGUGUCAUUUCCAAGAGGAGGAUUCAAUGCACCUGAACUUGUACAUUGCCAAUUUUUUAAAUUAGAGAACUUGAAAUCAUUGCCUGAAUGCAUGCACAUUCUCCUUCCAUCUAUGCAUUUUCUAAUUGUGAAAGAUUGUCCGCAACUCGAGUUGUUAUCUGACGGAGGUUUGCCAUCAAAUUUAAAACAGUUGUAUCUUCGCAAUUGUUCCAAACUUUUGGCAUCAAUGAAAUGCGCAUUGGCAGCAGCUACCUCUCUAUUUACUUUGUAUAUUGGAGAAGUGGACGUGGAGUUUUUUCCUGAUCAAGGGUUGCUUCCACAUUCUCUUAGUUCUCUAUCCAUCACUUGGUGUCCGAAUCUUAAAAAACUCAAUCACUUUGGUCUCUGCCAUCUCUCUUCUCUUACAAGAUUGUAUCUUUCUAGCUGCCCGUUACUCGAAUGCUUACCAGAGGAAGGUCUGCCAAAGUCCAUUUCAACUCUGCAGAUUUGGGGAAAUUGUCCCUUGCUCAAACACCGGUUUCGGAAACCAAAUGGAAAAGAUUGGGAGAAGAUUUGUGACAUUCAAUGCAUAAUAAUUGACAGUGACAUAAUAACUUGAAGUUCAUAUUCUAAAUGAGGCAAUCACCAGUGCGCCUAUUCUCUGCCAUAUGAUGAGGUACCUACACUGGAACACACAUACUCCGAUACUCACAUAUACAUGUUUUAAAUUGAAAGCUUAUUUUGGAUCUUUUGAAAUAUUGAUUUAUACAGUCAUCCCUAUACUAUGGUUGUUUUUAUUUGAAGCAGUGUUGUCAAGUGUUUACCGUGUAGAAUAGUGUUUUGUUCAAAUUUCGCUGCCACAAUGUUAUAGCGCGGCGGUAGCCUUUAUUUGACAACAAUUUAUAAUAGAUAACGUAUCACACCGAACAAUAAUGAUUGGUUCAAAUUCCACUACAUUAUAGUAAUGUUGCUCUAAUACAGCAGCUAUUUGACAACACUAAUUUGAAGUGUUCCUCUAUCUAGUUAGCUAUUUAACUUCCAAUGAUCAAGGUUGAAUUUGUUUCCAUGUCUCUUGUAAGCUUUGGUUGGCCAAUGUUCUAAAGCAUACUCUUAUGAACCUCUUAAGUUGUUUGAGUAUAUCCAUGUGAAGUUUCCGGCUUCAAUGUUAUAAAAUUUGUACACUGAUAUGCAUAAUGAGGCCAUUAUCAAGGGAGGAUGCAAGAUGGGUGCUUUAGUGCUCCUGAUGCAAGUGAAAACAAUGCGACACAAAUGUUUUUAUUUCCGGCAGAAUGUUGAAUACCACAAAAAACUCACAAAAAUGGAAGAUUCUGAAUUCAAACUUGCGACACCAUGUAUAUCCGGCCUAACAAUUUUGCUAAUUUGCCAAUUAAGUUAGAAAUUGAAGUUAAGUGUAACAAAAUAUUAUGGUAAUGAUAAUGAUAUGUUUAUGCAAUAUUUCUUCUGUCUUGUAUAUUAUAAUGGGAAAUGAUGUUUCAAGAUCAAAACGGAACAUCAAAUGUGCUGUCACUUUAUUAUUGACAAAUGAGUAAACAAAACAAGGAAAUGCAAGUUGAGUUAAUUUGCUUGGAAGCAUUCGUUUGAUUUAUUUAUUGAUUAUUAAAUUAAGUCAAUAACCUCAUUCAUUGACCAAAAACUACAUUUGAUUAAACUAUCGAUUAUGUUAAUCCACUUGCAUAAAUUAUAUUGAUUCCAGAAAUCCUUGUUGAAUUCAUGCUCUUUCAAUAACAUACUAGCCUAUAGGACCCAUUCUCUAUUCAUUGAGUAAACUUCACUUUGCAUUUGCUAUUCUUUCUUUGAUUUCUUUUUGGUCUCCCUUUCAUUUUGUGCCAUGGCGGUUGAACUUGUUGGCGGUGCUCUUCUUUCUGCUUUCCUUCAAGUCACAUUUGAAAAAUUGGCUUCUGUUGAAAUCGGGUCCUACUUUCGAAGAAAAAAACUCGAUGAAAAGAUUUUGAAGAAACUCAACAUCACGCUUCUGUCCAUCAAUGUUGUGGUCGAUGAUGCAGAAUUAAAGCAGAUCAGAAAUCGACACGUGAAAGCAUGGCUUGAUGCUGUCAAAGAUGCUGUGUUUGAAGCAGAAGAUCUGUUAGAUGAAAUUGACAUUGAAGAUUUCAGAUGCAACUUGGAAGCUGAACCUGAGUCCAAUACUGGAAAGGUAUGGAACUUUUUCACCGCUUCUUCCAAUUCAUUUGACAAGGAAAUUGAAUCAAAGAUGCAAGAAGUCAUUGAAAACCUAGAAUAUCUUGCAAGCAAAAAGGAUAUACUAGGUCUAAAAGAGGCUAGUACUAGUUGUAACCAAGUGUAUAAAAAACUGCCAUCAACAUCUUUGCCGGUUGACUCGGUUAUUUAUGGUAGAGAUGUUGACAAGGAGGUUAUCUGUGAUUGGCUGAUAUCUGAUGCUGAUAAUGUUAAUCAUCAGCUUUCAAUAGUUUCUAUUGUUGGCAUGGGAGGGAUAGGUAAGACUACACUUGCUCAACAUCUAUACAAUGAUCCAAAGAUGGAGGAUACAUUCGAUAUCAAAGCUUGGGUCUGUGUUUCAGAAGAAUUUGAUGUUUUAGCGAUAACAAGAGUAAUUGUUGAGGCAAUCACUGGAACAAGAAAUAAUACCAAAGUCCUAGAUUUGCUUCAAGUAAAGCUGAAGGAAACACUGUCUGGGAAAAGAUUUCUUCUUGUUUUGGAUGACCUUUGGAACGAAAAACGUGACCAAUGGGAAGCUUUGCAGACUCCUUUUAAUUAUGGGGCUCCGGGAAGCAAAAUUCUUGUUACUACCAGAAGUCUAAAAGUUGCCUCAACCACACGGUCAACUAAAAUACACCGGCUAAAGGAAUUAGAAGAAGAACAUUGUUGGAAGUUGUUUUGCAAACAUGCCUUCCUAGAUGAAAAUCCUCAGAUGAAUCCUGACUUUAAGGAUAUUGCUAAAAGGAUACUUAAGAAGUGUCACGGAUUGCCUCUAUCCUUGAAAACAAUGGGAAGUCUCUUAUACACAAAACCAUCUUUGGUGGAAUGGGAAGUAUAUUGGGUAGUGAGAUAUGGGACUUACCAGAAGAGGAGAGCAACAUCAUCCCCGCUUUAAUAUUGAGUUAUUAUCACCUUCCUUCUCAUUUGAAGAGAUGUUUUGCUUAUUGUGCUUUAUUCCCUAAAAAUUAUGUGUUUCAAAAGGAGCACUUAAUUUUAUUAUGGAUGAGUGAGAAUUUUCUGCAAUGCCCUCGACAGAAUAUAAGUAUGGAAGAAGUUGGUGAACAAUACUUCAAUGAUCUAUAUUCCAGGUCAUUUUUCCAGCAAUCAAGGGAACAUAAAAUACAUUUUGUCAUGCAUGAUGUUCUCAAUGAUUUGGCAAAAUAUGUAAGCAGGGAGUUUUGCUUCACAUUCAAAGAUGAGGAAUCACAUAAUGUAUUGAAAAUGACUCGCCAUAUUUCAUUUUUAAGAAAUCCACGUAAAGCUUCCAAAAUAUUUGAGACCUUGCAUAAUGCUAGUAGAUUACGAACAUUCCUACCAUUAAGCAUGACACCAUAUGGUAUUACAUGGAAUAGUUGGAUGUCUAGCAUAUUAAUGCACGAGUUGUUCUCAAAGUUUAAGUUUUGUCGUGUCUUGUCAUUGUCUGGUUGUUCUUUUGAGAAUGAGUUGCCUGGCACCAUAGGAAAUCUCAAGCAUCUACGUUAUUUAGACCUUUCUGGUACUUACAUAACAACGCUACCUGAUUCAGUGUGUUCUCUCUAUAACUUACAAAUACUGAAGUUAAAGAAUUGUCGGUAUUUGGAAGAGUUACCCUUGAAUUUAUAUAAACUCACUAAGUUGCGCUAUCUUGAUUUUAGUGGAACUAAAGUGAGAAAUAUGCCGAUGGAUGUGGGAAAACUAAAGAAUCUUCAAGUACUGAGUUCGUUUUAUGUGGACAAAGGUUGUGAGGCCAAUAUACAACAACUAGGAGAACUCAAUCUUCAUGGCGCGCUAUCAAUUUCAAAGGUGCAAAACAUUAUCAAUCCUGCUGAUGCAUUGGCAGCAAAUUUGAAAAAUAAAGUGCACCUUCUGAAGCUAGAGUUAGAAUGGAAUGCAAACAGUGACGAUUCAGAGAAAGAAAGAGAAGUGCUUGAGAAGCUGCAACCUUCCAAUCACUUGAAGGAGUUGUCAAUACGAAGCUAUGGUGGUACACGGUUUCCAGAUUGGUUUGGAGAUAAUUCAUUGUUCAAUGUGGUGUCCUUAAAGUUGAGUAAUUGUGAAAAUUGUGUUUUAUUACCUCCACUUGGAAUUUUGCCAUCUCUCAAGGAGCUGCGGAUUAUAGGGCUAUCUGGGAUAGUGGUGAUUGGUAGUGAUUUUUAUGGGAAUAAGAGUAAGUCUUCUUCGCCAAUUAUUCCAUUUGCAUCCUUGCAAACCAUAAUAUUUGAGAAUAUGAAGCGAUGGGAAGAAUGGGAUUGUAAUAUCGUGACCGGUGCUUUUCCGUGUCUCCAAGAGCUCUCUAUAAAAAAUUGUCCAAAUCUAAAAGAGUGUUUGCCUGAGCAACUUCCUCGUUUAAGGACGCUUGAAAUUUCUAAUUGCAAACAGCUAUUGGCUUCUGUUUUAUUGGCUCCAUCCAUUCAUCAAUUACAUCUAAAUAAUUGUGGAAAACUUCAAUUUGAUUAUCACCCAUAUACUCUGAGAAUUCUCAAGAUUGGUGGAAGAUGCAUGGAAGGAUCAUUGCUUGAAUGGGUUGGGCACACCUUAUCACACACCUCUCUUGAAUCAUUGGUAAUUGAGGAUUGCCCAACUAUGAACAUUCCCCUAGAUUGUUCCAACAAUUUCCUUAUAUUUUUGUCUAUCUCUAGUAGUUGUGACUCUCUACAUACCCUUCAGCUGGAUUUCUUCCCAAAACUACAGUCGCUCAAAUUGCGAAACUGUAGUAAUCUUGAAAUGAUUUCACAUGAGCUUGAGCAUGACCAUAGCCUUACACGAUUGACAAUUACGGAGUGUCCUAAAUUUGUAUCAUUUCCCAAGGGAGGAUUCUCUGCACCUUGUCUUAAGCAUUUUGAUCUUUGCAAAUUGGAGACUUUAAAAUCAUUGCCCGAAUUCAUGCAUACUCUAUUUCCAUCUCUUACUGACCUUACUAUAACAAACUGUCCACAACUGGAGUCAUUUUCUAAUGGAGGUUUGCCAUUGAGCCUAAAACGCAUGCGUCUCAUCGGAUGCUCCAAAUUUCUUAUUGCCUCAUUGAAAUGGGCUUUGGGAAUCAACACUUCUCUAAAAAGUCUGUACAUUGAAAAUGUGGAUGUCGAGUCUUUUCCUGAUCAAGGGUUGCUUCCCCUCUCUCUUACUUCAUUGUAUAUCUAUGGUUUUCCGAAUCUUAAAAAACUUAACAACAAAGGUAUAAGCCACCUCUCCUCUCUUGAAGAAGUGCAUCUUGCUGACUGCCCCAUUCUCCAAUGCUUACCAGUGGAGGGUCUACCUAAAUCCAUUUCAACUCUAGAAAUUAGGCAUUGCCGGUCACUCAAACAACGAUGUAAGAAACCUGAAGGUGAAGAUUGGGCGAAGAUUUCUCACAUUCAAAGUGUGAUGAUCGAUGGCGACAUAAUAACUUGAUCUUCUACUUCUAAACGAAGCAUGCCCCAAUUCUCAUAUUGCCCGGUUUUUAUCCAGUGGUAGCAGCGCGACCAGAAGACAUUGCUUUUGAUAGAUUUAAAAGAUGCAUGUGUGAGGUUUAUUCAAUUUCCUCAAGAUUGUUUUGUAGGAGAUAAUUCAUUAUCCAAUGUAACGUUCUUAAAGUUAAGCAUCUGCAACUGCAAUUGUAGUAACCAAAUUAUAGUGGUGAAGCUAAUAUGUUCUGGCCAUGGAAGUAUAGAGAGUCAUGAGCUUGCGACUUUGAUUUAAAAGUGACCAAAUUCAUAUCGAAAGUCUUUUAAAGUUCUUGAAUGCACCAUGAGAUGCAGAGUAGAUGCCAUGAAUAAGGUUAUCCUAGUCUUCUGGUAUACCAAAAAGUUCUGCAUUACUAUAGAAAGUUUCACAUUUUGGUGAUCACUUCACAAGACAAGUCUUCGCACUAUAUAACACUCCUCUUUACAAAAUGACAAACAUUAUAUGAAUUAAAUUCGUGCACACAUUCGUG